AAGCCUGAAGCGUGAAUAAAACGACGGAGAGAGUGUGUGUAUGUGUGUGUGAGAGAGAGAGAGCAGCGCGCGCACGCUGUGUUUAUUCACUUAUUACUCUUCACUUUUCUCCUCGGGACAUUAUGAUCAGAAGUCGUUUCGUUCUGGAGUUCUCCCCUCGUUUUUUCCCCACCACUUUAGAAUAGUUUGACAUUUUGUAUUUUGAUAUUUAUUCGUCGUGAGGACUGAAAUGGCUUGUGCAUCCUGACGCGCGCGCGCGCCCUGGAGAGACUUUUUCCCCUCCCGUGUGAAAAUGUCCGGUUGGAGCACGGUCCACGUCGCACCCGUCGAGGCUUAUGGAAUAUAGCCUGCUUCGCACACAUCAUCCGUAUGUUCUGUCAGCGAGUCCGGUGAGGCGGAAGCUCGCGCUGUUCGGCAUCAUGCUCGUGCUGUGGCUCUACGUGCUGUACUCGUGCGUGGGCUCGUGCGCCACCGUGCCGAGUUUACGCGCAAACCGGCGCCGGCCCGAGGACGCGGGCUUAAUGUCGGGAAUCGAGUCCCGGUUAGUUCCACGAGCGCGCGGCUGGGAGGACUACGACCAAACGGGCGUCGGGGUGUUUUCUAGAGACUUGAACAACGUCAAAAGCGACGACGGAACAGAUGUCAGGACGUUUCCUCGUGAUGUCUUGAACGGCAACGAGGCCGAGACGGAGACAGAGACGGAGCGGCGGGGAGGAGACGCAGGAGGAGACACAGGAGGAGAGAGACGGUCCCCGGUGCACAGCGGUGGCUUGUCCACUUUCUCCAACGGCUCCGGGACCAAGCGACUGCCGCAGGCCAUCAUCGUGGGGGUGAAGAAAGGCGGCACGCGCGCACUGCUCGAGUUUCUCCGCGUGCACCCGGACGUGAGGGCGGCGGGAGCCGAGCCGCACUUUUUCGACCGUUUCUAUGACAACGGUUUGGAUUGGUACAGAGACCUGAUGCCCAAAACCCUGGAGGGUCAGAUCACCAUGGAGAAGACGCCCAGCUACUUUGUGACCCGUGAGGCUCCAGCUCGGAUCUACUCCAUGUCGCAUUCCACCAAACUCAUAGUGGUGGUGAGGGAUCCGGUCACCCGGGCCAUCUCAGACUAUACACAGACACUGUCCAAAAAGCCAGACAUUCCCACCUUUGAGAGCCUGACUUUCAAAAACAGGACUACAGGCCUAAUCGACACCUCAUGGAGUGCCAUCCAGAUCGGCAUCUACGCCAAGCACCUUGACAACUGGCUCCAGUUCUUCCCCAUGCAGCAGAUCCUGUUUGUGAGCGGCGAGCGGCUGAUCAGUGACCCAGCCGGAGAGCUCGGCCGUGUGCAGGACUUCCUGGGCCUGAAGAGGAUCAUUACAGACAAACACUUCUAUUUCAACAAGACCAAGGGAUUUCCAUGCCUGAAGAAGGCUGAAGGAAGCAGCAAGCCUCACUGCCUGGGCAAAACCAAAGGCCGAACACACCCCAACAUCGACCCUGAGGUGGUGCAGAGGUUACGAGACUUCUACCGGCCCUUUAAUAUGAAGUUCUACCAGAUGACUGGACACAACUUUGGUUGGGAUUGAAAAUGAACUACAAAAACUGAAAACUAUUUGAGUUUGUAAUGGCAAAAGAUGUGACAAUUGUUAUCUAUCUAUAUAUAUGUAAAUGUACAGAAAUCUAUUUUAUAAUAAUUUAUUUUUUAAUUUUUAAGCAAUUAAUUCACUAAGCUGCCUAACCAUAUUUGUACAGUGCAUCUGGCUCACAUUUACACCCCUGCCCCACAACAUUCCUACUUUGUUUUCCUUCCUCCUGCUAAAUAACAACGGAUUGAUCAAUAGACCUAAUUGCUACUCACAGUGUCUUUGAUUCAUGCAUAGUGUAUCCCUCAGAUAUUUUUUUUCUAUGAAUAGGCAUUUUAUCAAAGGAGCAAUUGUGUGGUGGAAUACACUGAGGCAACAUGUCAUUAUGCUAAUUACAUAACAUGAACCUGAUUCGAUUUCUCAGGUCUCGUUGCUUCUUGGGAUAAUGAGUUGAAUCAGAUUGGGUGGGUGCCAGAGAUGCAGUCAUGCAGAUGGUGUGAUAUGAUGUAAAGUGCAGUCAGUAGAUGAUCUGGUUCCUCUAUCAUAAAAUCUCAAUGUGGAAGGGACCAAUAAGCAUCUACAUCUCAAAAAAACGAGCAUCUUAUAUUCUGUUGAAUACUCGAUUAACUUUUAUGUUGCCAAAUUAUCUUGCAAAUCUGAAACUUCAUUAUAAAGCCUCAUGUUUUUGUCUCAGUUUUUUUUGUUGCAUAUUUUAAACCUCGUUUUCUCUUUCUACUUGAAUACUUUUUUAUGCAAGAGGAAGAAACUGUCUAGCUAGCCAUCUGUUAUAUAUCUUAUAGCCUCCAAAUUGAAAGAAAGACCUCAACAUAGCCCUGCUCUAUCUGCUACUCCUCAGUCUAAUGAAAACAACGAAUCAGUAACUCCACAAUGUUGUGUCUAAUUCUUAAAUGCAAACCAUUAUGCAAAAGGCAUCUACUACAAGUAAUGUGGCAGGAUUGGUUGAGCCUGAGGGUUUGGACUUUGGAAGAUUUUGGGAAAAAAAUUUAAACGAAAAAUCAGCAGAGGAAAUCUAGAGAAAUUUAGUCUUGAAAGAAGAGAUUUUUCAUAAGGCAGGGUUAAGUUUUAUAUAUACAUAUAUAUAUGUAUAUAUAUAUAUAUACACAGAGGAUGGGUGUGGAACUCAAAUGUGGUCAGCAAUGCCUCAUUGAUUUUAUGUUUGAUGAUUUUGUGAAUUUUGUGCCUCUGACUAGUUCUGUAUAACGCUCAAGUCCACAUCCUUCCAUUUAGGAGGGGGAUUAUAAUACAAAUCAGCUGUGAGGACGUAAUCUAAGCGUCCACCACAUGUGGAUUUCGGAAAUGAGCAGAAAAGAAAAGGCACAAAUUUUUAAACAUCACUUAUUUUCUUCUAUUAAAAAUAACACAAACAAACCAAAUUUGCUAAAUCUCUCUAGAACCAUAAAGGGAUCACUUGUUUCCAGCAUUUAGAUUGGACCUAAUUGUGGGCCAUUUGUACAGUGGUUGAGCAUGGAAGUUUCUGCUACCUCAACAAUGCUAUUCUUUAUUUGCAGAAACAUCUCUUCCACAAAGACCUCAAGCAGUAAUAAGAAUGAUUUGCAAAUCACUUCUCGAGCUGACAGAUUUACUUGAGAAGCCCUUAGUUUUUAUUUGUUGGGGAGAAUUUUGAAACCUCUGCUCACGGUCAUGAUGCAUCUGUUUAUGGUUGAGUUUUAUUCAACCUUAUAUUCAGAUAGUGAUGUUUUGUCUUACCCCACAUAUAAUAAAUAGGCUAGCAAAUCAAGUAUUUUGUGGUAUCUAUCUAAAAUAAUUUUACACCAUGAAUGAGCAAAAUGGAGCAGAUAUUUCUAGACAAUUAAAUACUGAACAUUCAUAUUUCUUUGUAUGAAGAAAUAAAUAAAAUAUAUAUUUUACCAAAA